UCAGCGGCCAUUGAUGCGCCAGAUUUGUUCCAGGACAAACGCGUUUUUCUCUUCGCUUUUGUAGUUUUCUUGACAUAAAACCAUGGUGUCGCAUUCUCUCGCUAUACCGAUGAUCUGCUUCACGACGUUAUGGGGCCUGGUCGGCGUCGUGGCUCCGUUUUUAGUGCCAAAAGGACCAAACAGAGGAGUGAUUGUCACCAGUCUGAUCCUCACAGCCAUCUGCUGCUAUUUAUUUUGGUUGAUAGCGAUUCUGGCUCAAGCCAAUCCCCUGUUUGGGCCUCAACUUAAGAAUGAAACAAUAUGGUAUCUGCGCUACUUUUGGGAGUAAAUAAAAUUCAAGCCCUGAUGCCUGUCGUCUCUUCCAGAUCUGGUUUGCUGAACUUAAUCACGUUAUUUAUUAUUUUUGAAAACACAAGGGGACAUUUUAUUACUUGAAUCCAUCAGUUACAA